AUGGGAGGUUUGGAUCUUUCAAAGAUGAUGACGAAUGAAUUAGAAUUUGCCAGAAUUGUUGAAGAAGAUUUAAAUUUUCGGAAUGAAUUGUAUGAAACCACUCUUCAACUCUCCCAGCAAGUGGAUUCUUUCAUGGGACUCUUUGAAACAUUUCUUGUAGAGAGGAAUUUAUGGUUGAAAAAGGAACAGGUAAGGAAUGCAUUGAGUGAGCAAUGCUGUAAAUCUGUUCAAACAGAGGCUAUAAGUGGGCCAUGGAACAAUGCAUUCAUAGAUAAGAAGGACAUGCCUCCAAAAGAGCCUCUCUUAACCAAAGGUGUUGUUGAGAAUCUCUUUAUAGAACAAAAGGAAACAGAAGGAGAUCUCUUCCUCGAUUCCUGCUUGCAACGCAUUAAACCAGCAUCAGAAAAAGCAUGGGGAAGUCCCUUCCAAUCAAAUUCUUGUGGACCUUAUGUUUCUCGAUAUGAAAAUUAG